AAUAUUUAGUCGACAUUUCCGCUUUAAAUAUUUUAUUUUUAUCCAAGCUCAUAACCCCCAAAUCAUCGAUGAUAUUAAUUUUUAUUUAAUUUGAUUUUUUUCAAUGUGACAUAAUUUGUUAUUCUUAAAUUUUAUGAGAAUAAUAAUAACAAUACACAAAUAUUAAUCUCAAUUUGAUAAAUAAACAGCAAUAAUAAUGGCCAGCACUCAAGUAUCACCGAGACCAAGGACAACUAAAAAACUUGAAAAACCAAGAGUCUUAAAAUUGAAUCAAAGAAAUUCAGCAAUCGAUGGGCGGAUAACGACAGCAGAGGACUUUGUUUCUUUGAUUGACGAAGUUGUCUCAAGCUUGAGCAAUGGUUGCUUUGAUCCAACACUUCAAAUAAAUAUUUUGACAAUGUGUGAAACAUUGAAAAAUUGUCCUCAUCAAAUUGAGACAAUUUACAAGGAUCAAUUGGACAGAGCUUUUGUUGCAAUAAGAAAUGCAAGUCAAAACGAUAAACUGGAUUUGACGACCAGAGUUCAUUUGUUGGAACUCAUUGAACUCAGAGCCAAACAGUGGCGUCGUAGUGAUUCUAUGGAUGCUUAUUAUUCACAAAAACUUGCAAAUUUAGAUGAAAAUGAUGUUUGUAUCAUGGAAUCACCAACAACACCACUUGGAUCAUCAAUGAUGGGUUUACCGUCUCCUCAGACAGCACCAGUUCUCGGUGUUGGUGAUGUCAUGAAAAAUAGUGGUAAAUUUACAAAACCAACACGAAUACCCGGUAAAAAUUAUUGCAAGGAUGAAGUUGUUAUUCGUAACAGUGACUCCGGUAAAGUGAUGGGAAUAAAAGGGAGACGGGUACACAUCAUCGAAGAGCUCAGCGAGACAAUCAUCUCUUUUCAACGAGUGAGUCCUGGAGCCAAAGAACGACUUGUCCAAAUAACCGGUUCAUCCGAGGACAAGAUACAUUACGCAAAAGAUUUGAUAAAGGAUACGAUUCAACGAAACGCAUCACCAGUGUGUGAACACGGUGCUGUUGAUAAAAGUGGUAUUGGUGGUUCAAGUUCUUCAUUAAAUAGCAGUGCAUCUGAUGAAAGUAAUCGUCUUCAUCAUCAACCACAACAACAACAACAACAAUUAACAACUCGUCCUCGUGCAACUCUUCUUCAUAGUUUUUCAACAAAUGAUGCUAGUAUUGGUGAAUAUAAAUAUACUGUUACUAUUGGUAAUCAAUCAUUAAAAAUAACUGGUGCCAACUUGGAUCUUGUUAGAACUGCAAAGCUGGUACUUGAAGAUCACUUUCGUGAUCCAAUGGCUGUAUGUAAUAUUGGAUUUGAACAUUUUACAUUGGAAGAAGAAUCUGGUUUUCCAUCACCAAUAUCUGGACCAAUUAAACCAGUACCUGUCAAUACAAUGGAAAAAAAAAUAGUUGGAGAUGUUGAGACAACAUUUAAAAUACAACCACCAAUUGAUUCACCAAAAAAAACUAAUGAGAAUCGAGAAUUAACAUAUGAAUUUUUGCUGCUUUGUGCAAAAGGUCCUUAUGCAAAACGUACACCCGCUGAAUGGGAACGUAUUCAAAGAGAAUGUCCAAAUAUUGUACGCAAGGUAGAGUCAAGAUAUCCACCAAGACACUCAACUGGCAAUUGUGCUUCAUAUUCACAAAAUGGAUUUCAAUAUUCAAAUUUAACUCCUGAAGUUGAAACAUUUUUUAAAAAUUCAUAUGAUCAUCAACGUUUUUCAUACUAAUUUAUCAAAAACAAAUACUAAUAUUAACAUACAAAUUAAUCAAAAGCAACUAACAUUUAUCCCGUUUGAUGCACAACAUUUAAUUUUCAAGUUACUUAUUGUUUUAAUUUUUUUUUUGUUUUUGGUUUUCAAUAACGUGCCAUGAUUAUUAGAAUAAGUUUUUUUUUUUUUCAUUCUAGUUAUAUUAUUAUUAAUUUUUUUCAUUUUGCUUGAUGCAAAGUUCAUUAUAAACCGUUUCAAUUAUUAUUAUUUUUUAUUUUUUCACUUCAUUAUAAUUUAUCAAAAAGUGAAUAAGUAUUUUUGAAUUAAAUACUUGAUUAUCACACAAAAAAAAUAUUUCAAUACGUCCAAAAUGAAUGAAUUUCGACUUGUUUUUUUUUUUAUUUUUCAACUAAGAAAAAAAAUAAAAAUUUAUAAUCAAAUAUGCUGAUUAGCAAAAAAAAGAAAAAAAUUUGUGAUAUUAAAAAAAAAAAAGAAGUGAUUUAUCUAAAAAUGUCGAUAAACUUAUAUAAAAUGAACUUUUGUUGUUAAAAAAAUUAGUUUUAUAAGCCAUUGACACGAAACAUUAUAUUUAAAAAAAAAAAAAACGUAACAUUCACGUAGACGUGAAAAAAAAAAUGAAAUUAUUUGAGUGAGAGAUAAAAAAAAGAGAUUUUCAAUGUUACUAAUUUUGUAGAUGGUGUUUAGACUAAAAGUUUAUCACUUGAUAAUCUAUCAACUAAAAAACAAUUAAAGAAAAAGUUAUGCUUAUUAACAAUCAAUGCUAUCAUUUAAUAAUAAUAAUAAUAAUAAUAAUAAUUUAUUGAGCUUUUGCUUGUUUGUUUGUCAUGUUUUACUUGAGAUACCCGUUCGUUGGUUCGAACCGGAAACGUACCAGAUGAAAAUAGCAGCAGCAGGAAACGUCAUGGUGUUGCCAAUAAAUGAAAUCGAGGAUCUUCAAUAAAUAUUUAACGAU